CCCGACUUCCCAGCUGCCCCGUGUAGCCCGGGCAUGCCCAGUGUGGGCGCAGCCCCGGCUCUGGGAGCGCCGGGGCGGAGCGGGCUGCCGGGCGCGGAGCAGGCGGAUCGAGCCUCGGUGGGCGAGAGCCCGGGCCGGAGCCGCCGCGGCAGGGCUGCGGGACUUUGAACCCGUGAGCCUGCCUUCCCCUGCCAAGUAGCUGGGAUUAUAGGACUACAUUAUCAGGCCUGUCUCGCGGUUUUUAAAAUUUUUCUUUGGUGUUGGGAAUUGAACAUGCCAUGCAAGUUCACUAUCACCGAGUUACACGGCCUUCCAUGAUGAGAGAUUUGGGGGUACUUCCCUAUCUGUGUAAUUGACAGUCUGGGCAACGAAGAGAUGGCUGACAGCGUCAAAACCUUUCUGCAGGACCUUGGCAGGGGAAUCAAAGACUCCAUCUGGGGCAUCUGUACCAUCUCAAAACUAGAUGCUCGGAUCCAGCAGAAGAGAGAGGAACAGCGUCGAAGAAGGGCAGCUAGUGUCUUGGCCCAGAGGAGAGCCCAGAGUGUAGAGCGGAAGCAAGAGAGUGAGCCACGUAUUGUUAGUAGAAUUUUCCAGUGUUGUGCUUGGAAUGGCGGAGUUUUCUGGUUCAGUCUCCUCUUGUUUUACCGAGUGUUUAUUCCUGUGCUUCAAUCAGUAACAGCCCGGAUUAUCGGUGAUCCAUCACUGCAUGGAGAUGUUUGGUCAUGGCUGGAAUUCUUUCUGACAUCAAUUUUCAGUGCUCUUUGGGUGCUUCCCCUGUUUGUGCUUAGCAAAGUUGUGAAUGCCAUUUGGUUCCAAGAUAUAGCUGACCUGGCAUUUGAGGUAUCAGGGAGGAAACCUCACCCAUUCCCCAGUGUCAGCAAAAUAAUUGCUGACAUGCUCUUCAACCUUUUGCUGCAGGCGCUCUUCCUUAUUCAGGGGAUGUUUGUGAGUCUCUUCCCCAUCCAUCUUGUGGGUCAGCUGGUUAGUCUGCUGCACAUGUCUCUUCUCUACUCACUGUACUGCUUUGAGUACCGUUGGUUCAAUAAAGGAAUUGAAAUGCACCAGCGAUUGUCAAAUAUAGAAAGGAAUUGGCCUUACUACUUUGGAUUUGGCUUGCCCUUGGCUUUUCUCACAGCAAUGCAAUCCUCCUAUAUUAUCAGUGGCUGUCUCUUCUCUAUCCUGUUUCCUUUAUUCAUUAUCAGCGCCAAUGAAGCAAAGACUCCUGGAAAAGCAUAUCUUUUCCAGUUGCGCCUCUUCUCCUUGGUGGUGUUUUUAAGCAACCGACUUUUCCACAAGACAGUCUACCUGCAGUCAGCCCUGAGCAGCUCCUCCUCUGCAGAGAAGCUCCCUUCUCCACAUCCUUCUCCUGCCAGACUGAAAGCUGCUGCAGGCCACUGAGUCCUGCUGUCCAAAGAGGAUGGGUGGGAUUGGGUGGAGGAUGUGGCAGCUCUUUACUCUGUUUUCCACCCCCUGCCAUGGAAGGCAGGACCCACUGCCAAGGGCCCUCUGCAUAUUUCCUUCUCUUUGAAUUGGAAUUUUUGUCUCCGGUACACAUAAGGCAGAAUCUUCCUGAAUCCAGUAUGUGGAUUUUUUUUUUUAACCACCACCCUAGUCUGAAAGGGCCAGAGUUCCAGCAUUUGCCAGCUCCUGUGCCUGGACUGAUUGACUACAUUUUUCAUUUCCCUGUGUAAUUUACCCUCCCACUUCUUGCUGCCUUCCAGCACCCCUGGAUGAAUGGGCUUUGUAAUUUUAACUGUUGUAUUUUGUGUAUUUGUUGUUACUGUUUUCUGUGCAGCACAUACAUUGGAUGUGGGAGGUGAAGGAGCAUUCCAAUUGCCCCAGGUCACUCCCUCUAUAGCCACCACUGUCUUGUUUUCUUGUAACUCAGGUUAGGUUUUGGUGUCUCUUGCUCUGCUGCAGAAAAAGAAAGGAAGGAAAAAAAAGACCCUGAAGAGAUGGGACAGAUAGACCUCAGCCAAACUGGCUGCGUUUUGAGGAGUUAUUUUCUUUCUUCCCCUUGAAGGGGAAACAGCCUUUUCACUAGUACAACUUAAGUUCCCCAGUUAUGGGGUGGUACCAGUUCUGGACAAGUGCCACUGCAUCAGAAUGCUCAGAGGAUCUGAAAUUCUUAACCCUGAAGAUGAAAUUUUCUGUUGGCCACUGCCAGGUCUCAUUGGUGUUUUAAGGAAUAUUGGGUGCUUCAUAUAGGAAUUGAAGGGGUAAACUUAUUAAACCCAUUCAACCUGUGAUUGGUGAUGUUUUCCUGUCAUUUUAAGAGUCUAAAUAAGGGGUGGGAGGGCAGAUGUAAAAAACUUGUACAAUUUUAAAAUAUCACAAUUAAACGUGAGCUCAUUUCCCAUAAAA